CCCCGCCGCCGCUGAGGAGACCCCCGCCGCCGGCACUGCCGAGGCACCGCCCGCACACCCCAUGACGGCCGACUCCUGGAGGAACCUCAUCGAGCACAUCGGGCUGUUGUACCAGGAAUAUCGAGAUAAAUCUACGCGUGAGGAGAUUGAAACCAGGAGAUUGCAAGAUUCACAGACGGACCCUGAGGAGACUUCACCCAGUGAGGAAACCCCAUCUGAAGCAGAACCCACAAGUACAAUCGAAAACAAAGCUCCACCACAAAUCAAUUUGCUGAGAAAUUCCAACUCCAGGUUCAACUUAUGGCAGGAUCUUCCCGAGGUCCAGAACAGUGGUGUCCUCAGCAUCCUCCAACCAGAUGAGAUCAAGCUGCAGGAGGCCAUGUUUGAGCUGGUUACUUCUGAAGCAUCAUAUUACAAGAGUCUGAAUCUGCUGGUGUCUCACUUCAUGGAGAAUGAACGUUUGAAAAAGAUCUUACACCAGUCUGAGGCACACAUCCUCUUCUCCAAUGUGCUGGAUGUCAUGGCUGUCAGUGAGCGCUUCCUGUUGGACCUCGAGCAGCGGGUGGAAGAGAACAUCGUGAUUUCAGACGUGUGUGAUAUUGUCUACCAGCACACAGUUAAUCACUUCUCUGUGUACAUCACCUAUGUCUCCAACCAGACCUACCAGGAGAGAGCCUACAAGCAGCUUCUCCAAGACAAACCAGCCUUUUGGGAAGUGAUCUCACAGCUGGAGCUGGAUCCCAAGUGCAAAGGCCUGUCCUUUUCUUCCUUCCUGAUUCUGCCAUUUCAAAGGAUCACUCGGCUCAAGCUGCUGGUGCAGAAUAUUUUGAAGAAAGUGGAAGAGAAAUCUGACAGGGAAUCUACUGCCCUGGAUGCACAUAAAGAACUGGAAACAGUGGUGAAAGCAUGCAAUGAAGGUGUCCGGAAGAUGAGCCGAACAGAGCAGAUGAUCAGCAUCCAGAAGAAACUAGAAUUCAAGAUCAAGUCUGUACCCAUCAUCUCUCACUCCCGCUGGCUGCUGAAGCAGGGGGAACUGCAGCAAAUGAAUGGUCCAAAGACAUCACGAACACUUCGCACAAAGAAACUCUUCAGAGAAAUCUACCUGUUCCUUUUCAAUGAUCUGCUGGUCAUUUGCCGGCAAAUUCCUGGGGACAAAUACCAAGUGUUUGACUCUGCUCCCCGAGGGCUUCUUCGGGUAGAGGAGUUGGAAGAUCAGGGGCAGAGUUUGGCCAAUGUCUUCAUCUUGAGGCUGCUAGAGAAUGCAGAUGACCGGGAGGCCAGCUAUAUGCUGAAGGCAUCAUCCCAGAGUGAAAUGAAGCGCUGGAUGAUUUCACUAGCCCCAAACCGGAGAACCAAAUUUGUUUCAUUUACAUCCAGACUGGUUGAUUGUCCACAGAUCCAGUGUGUCCACCCAUACGUGGCCCAGCAGCCUGAUGAGCUCUCCUUAGAACUGGCUGACGUGCUCAACAUCCUGGAUAAGACAGAUGACGGCUGGAUAUUUGGGGAACGUCUUCAUGACCAGGAGAGGGGCUGGUUCCCCAGUUCUAUUGGGGAGGAGAUCCUGAACCCCAAAAUCCGGGCCCAGAACCUGAAGGAGUGUUUCCGGGUGCACAAGUCAGAUGACAGUCAGAGAAGGAAACUGGGCAGCAGAAACCGCCAAUGACCACCAGCAUCCCCAAGCGUCUGGAGUGCCUCAGAGAGGCAGAAGACAGAGGCUGCCAGCUGGGAGAAGGUGGCACCUGUGGGACAUUGUGGGGGACCUGGUGCACCAGACAAGGCACGCACACCCAUGAACAAACAGACUUGUUCCUAGGCCUCCCAGCAGCACUGGUCCUUUCCUGAAGAUCAGUGCUUUAAACUGUAAAAUAACCCUUUUCCAAGUGUUCUGCAAAGCCCCAAAGAGCACGAGCUCAACAGACACUGCCCGAAGGCCACCGGGUGCUGGCCAGAUGAGCCACAUGUGCUGGCUGGAGCUGGCUCAGGCUGCUUGGGAAAGACAGUGGCCACAAACAUCACUGAGCAAUCAAUAUCACUCAGUUUAAGCACUAACAGCUCAUUGCUACCUUCCAAGUCUGGAGUGCUCUGGAGCCAGCAUCUCA